AUGCUCAACGGCUGGCAGCAAAUACAGUCUGAAAAUCAAGAAGAAGCUGAUAGAAGACGCAGAUUAGAUGCUCAACGGCCGGCAGCAGCAAUACAGUCUGAAAAUCAAGAAAACGAAGCUGAUAGAAGACGCAUAUUAGAUGCUCAACGGCUGGCAGCAGCAAUACAGUCUGAAAAUCAAGAAGAAGCUGAUAGAAGACGCAGAUUAGAUGCUCAACGGCUGGCAGCAGCAAUACAGUCUGAAAAUCAAGAAGAAGCUGAUAGAAGACGCAGAUUAGAUGCUCAACGGCCGGCAGCAGCAAGACAGUCUGAAAAUCAAGAAGCUGAUAGACGACCCAGAUUAGAUGCUCAACGGUUGGCAGCAGCAAGACAGUUUGAAAAUCUGAAAAAUCAAGAAGACGCUGAUAGAAGACGCAGAUUAGAUGCUCAACGGCCGGCAGCAGCAAGAGUCUGA